UUUCUUAACUCACAAGAUGUUGGUGGCACUACCGUCAGGAUGGGAGCCUCGCACUAGCUGUAGCUGCGCUGAUCACCAGCUCCCGACUUAUAAUUUUCCUGAAGACGUACUUUUCGCAUCGAAUCUGAUGCAUUUGACUCAAUCCAAUGAAUCUCCGUCCACGUUGGAAGAAGAUCAAAUAAAAGAGGCGAUAUCUUCGUAUCGGCAGUAGAUCUGGGAUAUAGAAGCAGAGGAGUCAAAGUUGGACGUCAUUCUUGCUCAGAUGCAACGUUCCAUUCAGGAGAAGAAAGAUCUUUUGCAUCGGGAGAAGGAAAGGGUUUUGGCUGCGAUUGAUGACAGUGAACGCGUUUUCAGCCCCCUACGGCGCGUUCCAGUGGAAAUCCUUGCACAGAUAUUCCAUCAUACCAUCGAAUUUCCCAUUCACAGGACUCAGAAUCCAUUCUCUCAUGCUAGCGCGUGGGACUUUCAUUUCACUAAUAACCCUAUGUGGACCAUCGAAGCCGUGUCGAUGCAAUGGAGGAUGGUAGUGAUGUCUCUCCCCGAACUCUGGUCGUACAUUAAUAUUGUGUCUGACUACUUAGAUGGACAUACGUUUCGAUGUCUCAGCGAACAGCAUCGUCGCUUGCAAGAUCGUCCACUAUCCGUCUGCAUUGCAGAAAGAAAUGAAGACCAAACCACGAAGUUUCCUGUGCGGUGGCUGGCGAAGAUUCUUUUUAUGAUCCCCCUCCAUCAAAGAACUUCACCUUUUCCUCAGUUCAAGGACAUUCCGCCGAGUCAGACGCUUACGACUCUCCUUACCUUGCCUGGAAAACCUUUCACCUCUUUCCCUUGAAAUGAACCAAUUCGACCAGGUUGAGAAGAUUCAUUUGUUUCCUUCAGUGCCAAAGCUUCGAACACUAGAAAUCAUUGAUAUUGAUGAACCCACCGCCUAUUUCAUUCUUCCGUGGCACCAGAUUACGACCUAUGAAAUCCACCAUAGUCGC